AAUGAAAAUAGCUAUCGACUUAAAAGAUGUCUCGGCAAUAAUUUUAUUUUCUAAUUUCAUAUUCAUUUUAUAAACUCUUUGAUUUAAAAUUUUUGAACUACCUCGAAUUUUGAAAAUUUGGAAAUCGAAUUUUUCCAGAAAUCGAAUCGUCACACCUUGUAUCAAGUUCCCCCUCUCCCUGUUACAAAUGUCAUUCCUCUUUAACAUACCUUUUACAAAUUGGUUCCUCAGAACUCAGAACUCUGAGUUCCCCAAAUCCUUCAUCUCAUUGUGUGUGUGUCUUUUCCCAGUUGUUUUCCCUCUCUUUUCUUUUAUUUUUCCCAAUCCAUACACGCCCUCAUUGUUAUUCAAUUAAACCUGGGUUCUCAUUCUCAAUUCUGCCAUAUUAGACCUACACUUUUUUAAAAAAAUUUCGUUCGAUUUUGCUAGCUUUUCUCCUCUCUUUACUAGAUAAUUUCUAUCUGGGUUCUUAAUUGUCUCCCUAUUUCUGAUCUUUUUCUUGAUCCAAACAAAAAGCAUAAAACCUCAAAUUCUCAUGCUUUAAUUCUGAUAGAGCAUACAAGUUUCUUUUUCUUUUUUUUUUUUUUACAUGGGUGUUUCGUUUAAGGUUUCAAAAACCGGUACUAGGUUCAAGCCGAAGCCUUGUCUUCAAUUGGAGGCUUCGGUUGAUGUUGUCCCUGACAAUUCUGAAAAGAGCUCAUGGCCUAGAAAGCUCCAGGGUAAUGUCAUUGAAGGCGUUGAGCAUGUUCCUGAGGUGUCUCAACCAUUUGUUUCUGAUGAAGUGCUUUGUGUUCCUAAAGACCAUGAAAUUUCAUUCACCUUGAAUCUUUAUCCAGAUGGAUAUUGUAUUGGAAAACCACCAGAGGAUGCUUUGAAUCAGGCUACUCUUCAGGGUGCUCCAAAGUUGCAUCCAUAUGAUAGGUCAUCUGAAACUCUCUUCUUAGCUGUACAACCUUUUAGCAGAGGAUAGAGAUAUUAUGGUCACGAAUCCAGUUACAAGAACCAAGAAAAAGAGGGAGUGGGCAGAAUUAAACUGCAAAUUUUGGAGAGGGCCGAAACAAAUAUUUUUACCACUUAUUGACUAAAAAUUUAUCAAAAAUUAAAGGCCUACAACCCCUUUGAUGCUGAUCUUGGACAGCUUUCAUUACUUGAAUCAGCUUUCCUCACCAAUUAGUGAUUACUGAGAGUAAAAACAAUGUUGGCGCGUACUCACGACCCUCUCGAUUAUGUAACACUCGUAUUCAUUAAGGAAGUACCUGGUAGUAGGAACAUCUCUCGUUUAAACAGAUGCAACAAAUAAUCAGUUAAAACAAGUUCGUGCGAACUCGAGAAAAAAUACCUAGAGAUUUAGAGAGAACUCGUGUUGCAUGGAACUUAAAAAAUCCAUGGGUGACAACUGGGCGACACCAAAUCAUGACCAACCCAUGGAAAAGUUAUUAUUACAAGGUCCUUGUUAUGUAUUUUUUUUUUUUUACAUAUCUGUUCAAAAUACGAAUAUUCUAAGAGAAAAAGAAAAAGGAAAAAAAAAUAUUUGAAUGGGUGCAUUCGUUCUCUUUGGCGGCC